AUGAGCAACAAGAAGAUUGGUGAGAUUCAGCGGAACGAGGAAUUUCGAAUUUCGCUGGAGGCUCAGGAUUCCGAAAGCACUUUGCCCCCGGGACAGUGGCCUCUUUUGUUAAAAAAUUAUGACCAAAUGAAUGUGCGAUCCUCAAAUUUUACAAUCCUCGAGUGCGGUUGGUCACCUCUACGGAGGCCUUUGAAGGAAUACUUAAAGUAUGGUAUGAUUAAUCUGGAUAAACCAUCGAAUCCUAGUUCACAUGAGGUUGUGUCGUGGAUCAAGCGCAUUUUGAAAUGCGACAAGACUGGACAUGCAGGAACCUUGGAUCCCAAGGUAACUGGAGCACUUAUUAUUUGUAUUGAUCGUGCGACGCGUUUGGUCAAGUCCCAACAAAAUGCUGGUAAGACGUAUAUCGGCGUUUUACGUCUUCAUGACACGGUAAGUGAAAAAAAGGUUCUUGCGGCCCUUCAACGUCUUACGGGUCCCUGCUUUCAAAGGCCACCUUUAAUUGCUGCGGUGAAGCGUCAGCUUCGUGUUCGUAAUAUAUACUCUAAUCAGCUAGUAGAGUAUGAUAAGCAUCGUCAUUUGGUCGUGUUUGAAACACAUUGUGAAGCUGGCACCUACAUUCGAACUCUUUGCGUUCAUCUCGGACUAAUUCUUGGGGUGGGUGGACAUAUGGAAGAACUUCGUCGUAUUCGAACGGGGGUGAUAAGCGAAGAUGAUCACGUCUCUACCAUGCACGAUGUUCUUGACGCGCAAUGGCUUUAUGAAAAUGAAAAGGACGAGACAUAUCUGCGUCGUGUCAUUCUCCCUUGCGAAUAUAUUCUUACAAACUACAGACGUGUAGUGGUGAAGGAUUCUGCUGUGAAUGCAGUAUGCUAUGGCGCGAAGCUUAUGAUUCCUGGAUUAUCGCGUUUCGACAAUGGAAUUGAAAGAGACGAUAUUAUUGUGUUGAUAACAACCAAAGGUGAGGCCAUUGCUCUUGCAUACGCUGAGAUGUCAACCUCGCAAAUGGCAUCAGUGGACCAUGGUAUUGUUGCCCGAAGCAAGCGUGUAAUAAUGGAUCGCGACACAUACCCGCGACGAUGGGGUCUGGGACCUGUUGCCGUUAAAAAGCGUUCGAUGAUGAAAGAUGGUCUUUUGGAUAAGUACGGUCGUCCUCAAGGGAAUACGCCUUCAGAUUGGUACUACGUAGACUACGGUGGGGUGAAGACCAAUGCAGAGGGUGUUCAGUACGGUGAGGCCCCAAGAAAAUCCACAAAGCGCCCUCGAAAAGCCGAGGACGACUCUGAGUAA